CCAGAACAACGGGACAGUCCACACGCCUUUGCUCAUAGUCCAUGGGGAAUCCACCGUAUCGCAGAACGGUGUGCUAUCCGUGAGCCAUCAAGGAGACGCAUUCCCUCCAUUGCAUUAUGAAGUCAACAAGGGUUUCUUCAAGGCAUUGGUCCAUCUAGAUCCCGGUGAAAACUCACUAGUCUUCACUCAUAGUCAAGGCAAACUGGGUGGUGGUCAACCUCAGUUUGAUACCAAUGGUCAGAAUAAGCCAUAUGCGGUUGGCUUCAAGAUUGUUUAUCAACCAUUGUUACAGAAUAGACCAGUUCAUUUAUGUUUGUUGCUAGCUAAAGAUUCUCCUGGUGUUUAUGAUUGCACUCCUCAAAAGAAGAAUCAAGAAGGUAAUGGUGUUGACCUGGCAAUCAAGAAACUUAGAAUUGGUGGGAGAUUGAUGCAAGCAUUUACAAAUGAACAAAUGUUACGAGCUGGAUUUGGUCAAAGAACUUUUAAUUUCGUUGAGGAAUAUACAAAAGAUACACAAUUCAUUCAAGAAUGGAGCUCCCCAAGAUUCAGAAAUACAAUCAAGAUUCAUAUCUUGCAACCCAAAUGGUAACAAUACUGGUGGACUAUUUGGAAUUGCAAUGGAUGCUUUAAGAGACUAUGGUGGUCCCUUUGUUGAAUCAAACAAACCGGUUCAAGCAGCAGUGAUAUUUAUGGAUGCACAUUAUGAUCAAAAAUUGAACAUGAUCUUGACACAUGCAGCUUUAGGUGGUGGUGAUGAUAAGAUUAAACUAGCCAUUUUUGGUUCUCAUGGGUUAUAUUCGUGGCCUGCAGCUUUUGAACAAGUUGUUCCAUGUUUCUUAGAUACUACACCGAGAUCAAGUGACGUUGCUAAUGAUGCUAAUGAAUGUGGUUCUUAUUGGGAAUGUUUAACCAUCACAUUGGGUGCAUUUAUGCAUGAGAUUGGUCACUUGCUAGGAUGUCCCCAUCAAAAAUCAGGUGUGAUGCUCAGAGAUUAUGUUACAUUGAACAGAUCUUAUUUGACAAGGGAAUCUUACUCAACAAGAACUGGGAGACAAGGUUUAGUGCCUAUCUUGCCUAAAGAUGAAUGUACAUGGCAUAGGUUAGAUUUAUUGAGAUAUCUUUAUCAUCCUUCAUUUACAUUACAAAGUGAUUAUCUUGACCCUUCAUUCCAGAAAACCAAUAGAUUACCAGGUAAGGCUUCAUUGCUUCCUGUCGGUAAUAGAACUGCAUUGCUAAAAUCGGCCACUGGUAUUUAUGCAAUUGAAAUUUUCCCUGGUGAUUUAGCUGAAGGUUAUAUUGAAUUUUUACCAAAAUCUUUAGGUGGUGUUGGACCUCAACAAGAAGUUUAUGUUACUGUUGAUGAAUUGAAAUCAAAAUUACCUAGAGAUAAGCAAAACGGGAAGUUUUCAUUACAUGUUCAAACAGUUGAUGGUAACCAAUCAGAUUUUAAUGAUUUUGAACACUUGGUUCAAGAUACCUCCAAUUUCUUACAAUCAGAUUUUGGUUUGGGAAGAGGCCAAAUCACGGCCAUCAAAUCUGGUAUUUUGGGGCGUCAAGAUCGUGUCAACAAUCAACCUAUUGUGUUUGAUCCAGCCAAAGUCACCUCUGUUAGAAUUUAUCAUGGUAUGGCACUUGAUGGGGUUAGAAUUAAUACAAGAGCAGAUGCUCCACCACCUCCAUAUUCAGCACCUGAAAACACUCCGCCAGUUCCAAGCAGAGACUAUAAACAUAAACUGGUGUUAUUUGGUAAACAAACAAAUAGCUACACUGACUUCCAUUUACAGCCUGGUGAAUUUAUUUCUCACUUUAUAGUUCGUAGUGGUCUUUGGUUAGAUGCUUUACAAGUUGUUACAAAUACAGGCAGAAUGAGUCCAAUGUGUGGUAAUACAGGGGGUGGUGGAGAAGGUGUUUUGGAACCACCACAUGGCUAUGAGAUUAUUGGUCUUUUCGGAAAUAUUGGUGAUUGGGUUGACUCAAUGGGUGUUUUGUACACAAAUAAGUUGUAA